AUGGAUUUGUAGCUUAUAGACUUAAAUAACACAACUGUCAAAAAUACAAGCCUGAAGUAUAAAUACUAAAAGUGGAAGAUUAAACUACAAUUAAAAGGAUAUUUAUCUAUAAUAUUAACCAAUGAGACCAAGAUAUUAUGUCCAUAUGGGCCCCAGAUCAGCCGAAAAGGUCUCCCGUUUCUGGAAAGAUUCUCACUUAUUAUUGUUUGCGCUUAUUUUAGCCGGAAGUGCGAUAGGAGCUGCUUGCGUUUAUAACAUUUUAGAUAUGUAUAAAUUUCACUGCAUCCUAUAUGCUCAUACAGUUUUUGAAACUAGCUUUGAGGAUAGAAUAAAAACAACUACUGAAUUGGUAACUUCGACUAGUUUAAAUAGUAGUACUUCAAACAGUACUUCAAAUAUUACAACUAAGAUAAAUAGUGUGAUGCUUAUGGCAGAAAACGCAGGACAUGUUCCAUGGAAAAUAAAUAAUCCUGAUGUUAAAGCUGAGAGUAGCACUAAACUCGAUAAUUUUGACAAGAUUAACAAAGAAGUUAGAAUCCGACGUCGUUUAAGACGAUUUGAAGCAUUAGGGAACACCUCUCUGGUAAUAGGCAGUAAGGCAAUAAAUGUUAAAACAACGGACAAUUUUUUACAUAAAGUAUUGAAAAAACUUGCGAAAGCUGAUUUUGACAAAGAUUCAUUUCGAAAUUAUCUAACCAAAGUUAAUACAACGGGAUUUUUAAAUAUGAGGAAAACCAUUUUUGCGACAGUCUAUAUGUGCAACUUAAUUUUAUUCACUCCAUUGACAUCAGCCAUUAUGGCUGUUUUCCUGGGAGCUCUUAUAAUGGUCGGCGGAAAAGGUGGUGCGGGAAAUCCUGGUGAUUUGUUACCCAAUCCGUGGAUAUGUGUCUAUCCCUUUCUUGGAAUUUGUUCAUUUAUGAUGGUUUUCUGUUUCGUUUCAAACACAAUUUUUCAAAAUGGAUUUGGGGCAUUUUGCUCUGAGUACUAUAAUUUGACGAAAGUCAAGACGUGUUCUGACAGAAUGAAUAGAUAUAACGUUCAAUUUAGUGAAAAAGCACUGGGACCACCGCAAAACUUUUAUUUAAUGUACAUUAUGGGCAGUUAUGCACUAAUCGCAAUUUCAAUUUUAUGGCUUAUGCAGACCCUCGUUUAUGUUAUGAGAAUAAUAUGGUUGGCUGAUUUUACUAUUUAUUUGACAACGGUUAAACUUGCAGCGGACGAUAAAGCGCAAGAUGGUAAAAUGGCAGGCUUGGUUAUGCAAUUGCUGGAUACAAAGGCCAAAACGAAAUAGGUUUCUCUUUGAUCCUUUUGGUUUCAGUGAUACUUUAUAUUUUAGUAGGUAUUAUAGAAAUUACGUAAAGUUGUCUAUAUAUUAUUAGAAUAUAUAAUUCCAAACUUA